CUAAAGGACGACAGGAAGUCCGACGCCUGGCGCAGUAACACGACGUCGUUUCAAGUUUCAGAGACGACAGACCCUUCAUCUUCUUCCCAAAGAUGAGUGCGUACAACUGCAUAGUGCAAUUGCCGCCCUUUUAAUCGCAGAACAUUUGGAGUUGAACAAGGGAUGUUUGGCUCAUCAACCCCGAAAGCUACGUGGUCGCCUGCGCACCGCAAAAUAUUCUUUGAUCUUUGUCUAAAUGAGGUAUCGAAAGGGAAUAGGCCAGGGACACAUUUUACUAAGGAGGGAUGGAAGAAUAUCGUGGAUUCGUUCUACGAGGAGACUGGUGUGAAGUAUACUAAGAAGCAAAUGAAGAAUCACUGGGAUUUCACUAAGAAGCAGUGGAAAUUGUGGAUUAAGCUAGUUGCUGAAAGUAAUAUGAAAUGGGAUCCGAGUACAAACAAGUUUGGUGCUAGUGCGAAAGAUUGGGCUAACUAUAUACAGGUUUGCCCAGAAGCCGCGCAGUUUCAGUAUAAAGAACUCCCGUUCCCUGACAAAUUGGAGAUCAUUUUUGCUGGAGUUAUAGAUUCUGAAGGGAUGGAGAUCUCCUAUUCUCGUAAGAGGCAGAAUGAUAGCUCGGACAGUUCCUUUAUGCAGUCGGAAGAACAAGAGUUGGCGAAUAUGGAGGGGGAGGAUGAGCAUCUUUUUGACACUGAGGAUGAACAUCUUUUUGCUGCUGAGGAUGAGCAUGGUUUUCAUGCCAUUCCAAUAAAGAGUGGUGAAAAGGUUCAGUCUCAUUUAAGAAGCCGUAGAGCAAUUGCUAGUGAGCCGAGUUUAUCUAGCUCAUCCCAGACAAAGGCAAAGGCUGUCUGGACGCCUGCAUAUCACAGAGCAUUUCUGGAUCUAUGUGUAGAAGAGACAUUAAAGGGUAAUAAGCCUAGGACACAUUUCACCAGGGAUGCUUGGAGGACUAUUCUCGAGUCCUUUCAACAAAGAACAGGCCUUGGUUAUAAUAGGUUACAGUUGAAGAAUCAUUGGGAUAUCACAAAGGAACAAUGGAGAGUCUGGUCUAAGCUGAUUGGAACAAGUAGCAUGGGAUGGGAUCCAAACACGAAAAAAUUUGGUGCAACUGAAGAAGUUUGGGCCAACUACUUAGAGUCAAACCCGGAAGCUGCACCUUUCAGAUACAAGGAACCUCAGUUCACUGACAAACUGGAAAUCAUAUUUGACGGAACAACAGUUACCGGAGAGACAGAACCUCCUACUAAGCGAAGCAAGUAUAAUGAUAAUUCGAGUGCAUCUGUUUUGAACAUAGAUGAACUCGGCAUGAGGAACCAAGCUGGAAACAUUGAACAUUUUGAUGCUGUACCAAUUUCCUUUAGACAAGCCAAGCUCACUUAUAGCAUUGGAGAAUGCAUCGACUGUCUUGAUGCCAUGGAGGAAGUCGUACAAGGAAGUGAUCUCUAUCUGUUUGCAUUAGAUGUAUUCCUGAAAAAGGAAUACAGGGAAAUAUUUCUUCAACUGAAAAAGCCUAAUGUAAGGAUUGCAUGGUUGCAGCGGCUGCAGUCAGUUGGUCCACCUUUGGUAUAACAUAUUGGAUGCUUGUUUUCUUUCAGAUUUCUCGGGCAUCUUUUGAAUA